AUAGUCCCUGCGAGACACUCGUGUAAUUCGAGGAACUGGUUCCGUCGACCAAUAAAUACAUGUUAGAUAUCAUUUAAAAUCUAGACUAGAUGUACUACUGCUAAUAUAGUACUUACCAAGGAAUGUGAAGAAAAUAGUGAAUAUUAUUUUAUUUAUCAACGAAUUUCAUAAUGGUCUUCCAGCAUCAGUGCACAUCUAGGUAUUUGUGCACAAUGCCGCAGAAACGUGAAGACGGUGCGGACGUGGCGUUGCCCGAUAUUGCGGACGUGCUCGACGAAACAGAAGCGAUAAUCAGACAAUGCUUCAAAGAAUACCAACUGCACGAGGUUUUCCUGUCCUUCAAUGGGGGCAAAGACUGCACAGUUCUACUCGACAUCACAAUAAAAAUACUACAAGACGUUUACAAUAAUAGAGAAAACAUAGCGAAAGAUCUUAAAGUAGUAUACAUACGGUCGCAAGGGCCCUUUAAAGAAAUAGAGGAAUUCGUCAAAUACAUCGAAAAGUAUUACAAUAUUAAAUUGGUUGUUUUCGAGGGAGAAAUGAAAAAUAAUUUGGAAGCGUUGAUAGAAGAGGACGGAAGAUUGAAAGCGUCGUUGAUGGGAACGAGACGGACUGAUCCGUAUAGUGGCCAUUUAGAUAUUAUGACAAAAACAGACUCGUCAUGGCCGCAGUUGAUGCGGGUGUUCCCGCUGCUGAAUUGGUCCUACCACCAGAUAUGGAGCUACCUACUGAAGUACAAAGUGCCUUAUUGCAGCCUCUACGAUAAAGGAUACACAUCAAUAGGCAGUGUCCAAAACACGUGGCCCAACCCAUCAUUAGCAUAUAAGGACUGUUGCGGGUGUCUGUCGUACCAUCCGGCCUGGUGUCUGGCGGACGCGGCGCUCGAGCGCGCGGGCCGCGGCAAACAAACUAACGGACACAAAGGGACUACACCUGGCGAUGACGUUUAGAUUACUAGGUUAGCUUAGAACAAAUUGAUCAGAUUUACUUUCCAGCUUUAGACGGUGAAGAUUUAAAACUGUCUCAAGUUUAAGACUCGAUACAUUAACCGCCCAGAAUUAGGAUACUGAUAACUAAAAAUGACAUCUAAACAUAGAAGGAUAAUGUGUUUAUGGACCGUGCACAAGGAAUCCGUGUGCAGCACUUUUGUUGCACAGUUGUAUGGAAUUGUAAUGCAUGUAUGCACAAUGCACAUAUGCGUUAAAAUACAAUAUUCGAAAUAUACAAUUUUGCUUAGCACGUGCUGGAUACACGUUCGGUGUGCACGGGCCUUCACUUUAGACAUCAUUUAACCUUCACUUUAGGUAUCUUUUUGGACGAUUAGUAACAGUCAGUCGAAAAUGUAAAACACAAUUCCGGCCAAAAUUAACGAAACGUUAGCUGCAACAAAAAUUUUCAUGCAAGUUCUAUAACUAUACGUAGAUAAAUUGAUGAUACGUAAUUUCAAAAAUAGCGUUUUAUUUAGUCGAAUUUAUUUAUUCAAACUGGCAACAUUUUUGCUGUAUUUUUUUUUUAUAAUUCACACCAAUGAAUAAAAAAAUAUGUGAAGAUCAUAUGAAAUUAAGCAAGUAGUACAUUAAUUUAUUUUGUCACUAAUUUUACAGGGAUCUGCAAUCAUUGAUGCUCAAACCAUUAUUAUUUAUUUGCAUACUCAUCACAUUCUCAUGUAAUAUGUUGUUACAUAUACAUAUAUAUCAUAAUAUGCUAAGGACCUAUGCUAUAUACCACACAUGAAUUUCGUGGUAUCAUAGACCUUUUAUUUUUCUAUUAUUAACGUGAAUGAGAUAUGAUAACUGUUGUACAUAAUUAUUUCUAUGUAAAUUGAUCACAGACGUUUUAAAACAUGACCCAUGUUAGAAACUGCGAAUAUUUCUACACCAUUUUAUUUAUUUAAUUUUUAAUUUGCGACGUAAUAAAAAAUACACACACAAAUACUUAAGUACUUACACCUUUGUUUUAAUUUUAAAUGGUUGUGUUGCACGAUUUUGUUCGAAUUAAAACACUUUUAGUUACA